CUGUCAUCAGUGGGCAAAUUGGCAUAAACAGGCCUCCACAAGUGGAAAAUCAUUUAACUUCUGUACUUGUCUGGGUCCUCUCAGUGGCCAGACCACAGAAAGAAAAUCUGUGCACGAGCGAAGGGUGAAAGCGAAGAGUUCAACAACGCCUGUUCAGUGGGGAGCCUGAAGAUUUUCUUCCCUGUCGGAGACUCCACACCAAAUAACUAGGUUACUCCUCAAGUGGAGAGGCAGCAUCUACAAACUACUGUACAGGGAAUUUAUUGUGUUUGCUGUUUUUUACACAGCAAUAAGUUUGGUGUACAGGGUUUUACGUUACUCUGGUCGUGAACCGAUGGUGGAACCAGUUUGUGAACCUGCCUUGGCCAGACAGGCUGAUGUUUCUCAUCUCCAGCAGCGUGCACGGCAGGGACGAGCAUGGGCGCCUGCUCCGCAGGACGCUGAUGCGCUACGUCAAUCUCACGUCCCUGCUCAUCUUCCGCUCCGUGAGCACCGCUGUGUACAAACGCUUUCCGACGAUGGACCACGUGGUCGAAGCAGGUUUUAUGACAGCAGAUGAAAGAAAAUUAUUCGACCACCUCAAAUCUCCUCAUCUGAAAUACUGGGUUCCAUUCAUCUGGUUUGGAAAUCUGGCAGCUAAAGCCCGGAAGGAAGGUAGAAUUAGAGACAGUGUUGAUCUGCAAUCAUUGAUGACUGAGAUGAACCGGUAUCGCUCUUGGUGCAGCCUCUUAUUCGGUUAUGACUGGGUCGGGAUCCCGCUGGUUUACACCCAGGUUGUCACUCUGGCUGUCUACACCUUCUUCUUUGCGUGCCUCAUUGGACGCCAGUUUCUGGAUCCCACCGAAGGCUACGCGGGGCAUGACUUAGAUCUUUACAUUCCAAUCUUUACUCUCCUACAGUUCUUCUUCUAUGCAGGAUGGCUCAAGGUAGCUGAGCAGCUGAUCAAUCCUUUUGGAGAAGAUGAUGACGAUUUUGAAACUAACUGGUGCAUUGACAGAAAUCUGCAGGUCUCUCUUUUAGCUGUGGAUGAGAUGCACAUGAGUUUACCUAAGAUGAAGAAGGACAUUUACUGGGACGAUUCUGCAGCUCGACCGCCGUAUACACUGGCAGCUGCUGACUACUGCAUACCCUCAUUUCUAGGGUCGACAGUCCAAAUGGGGCUGGCUGGGUCCGACUUACCUGGCGAGGAGUGGCUCUUGGAUUUUGAGAAGCACGGCUAUCGCCAUUCCAUGAUUAGAAGAGUCAAGAGGUUCCUGAGUGCUCAUGAACACCCCUCCAGCCCCAGGAGCAGAAGCUAUGGGAGGCAGGCCAGUGACAGCUCCAUGUUCUUCCCUCAGAGUGACCUCAGCCCAGCCAAGGAUUUCCUGGAUGUGCCCGUCAGAGGCUCUCACAGGGCCUCAGGCUCCCGGAAGCAAUUCUACUCCCCAGAGGGGAGCACCAAGCUGCACGCCAGCCUGGGAGAACUGUCCACAAUCCGGGAGACCAGCCGGACAAGCACGUUACAGAGCCUAAGCCCAUCAUCCAGUAUGAGGGCCUCCCCCACCAAAAUGCCACAGGUCCCUGAGGUACUGAUCACAGCACCAGGGCCCACUUCCGAUGACCACCACCACGACUCCACUGCCUCCAUCCAGAGCUCUGAGUUCACCGGGGUUCAGCCAAGCAGCCCUGGGCAGCAGGAGGACCCUGCGGGGUUGGUCCUGUCCCCCUCAGAGAAGGGGACACCUCCUCGGAGCCCCAGUCCCCAGACUGUCUCAGCCAAAACUGAGCGAAACAUCUUCAGGUUUGCACCUGAGGUAGACCCUGAUGAUAAUGACAUGUUCCCGAAAUGGUGGAGCCUCCCAGGAUUCCUGGAGUCCAGCCACACCUCCCUGGCAGGUCUAAGUCCGGAGCCCGUGAACCCUGAGCCGGCUCUUUUACUUGACACGGAAACAUCCUCAGAGACCAGUGGAAUCAACUUUGUGGCUGGCUCUCAACUCUCUCCCGAUGUGCUGUAUCUGAUGGAAAACCUGGACACCAAGGAAACAGAUAUCAUAGAUUUUAACAAUGAGCAAACAGAGGAAUCACCCAAAGGAAUGCCGGAGAGUUCUAGGACCUGGUUCUAGUCCAAAUUCUUACUUUCCCAAAGUUCAGCAUUAGUUCCAGAACAUACCUGGGGGGCUGGUCAAUUUUUUUAAACAAUCAUACUGUAUAAGCUAUUUAAAACUCUGAAGGGCAUUAUGAUCCUGACUUUUUGAGAACUAAGAAAAUCAAACACAUUCACAUCAUCCAUCACAAAGUGACUUUCAUGGACAUUACACAGACCACAGUGAUGUACCUUAACCAA